AUGGAUUCUAACGGUGCAACCCAAAUUGUCACGGCAUUGGAAGUGAUAUACUCUCCGAAAUCAAAUAAUAACGAACGUCUUGAAGCACAAAAGUUUCUUGAUAGGGUAAAAAUUCAUGAAGAAUCACCUUUCUGGGGCUACCAGAUAUGCCUUAAUAAUCCAGCAGACUACAUCUUAAAGCAUUUUGGUUUAGGUUUAUUGGAAAAUGCAAUCAGGAAGAAUUGGGCAGAUUAUAACGAUGAGAAAAGGAUUGCAUUGAGAAAAUUGGUUAUGGAGUUGAACUAUAGAGUUUCAAAGGAAGAUCCGAGAUACAUAAAACAGAAACUUGCAUUUUUAUGGGUAGAAGUAGCGAAAAGGAUAUGGGGUGAGGCUCUGAAAGAAGAAUCGCCUGAUGAAAUACAGUUGGCCAAUUCUUGGGCUGAUAUGGAUAAUAGCUUAAUGGAAUUAUGGAAUAUAAGUGAAGCUUCCAGAGAGUUAGCAUUGAUAAUGUUUAAAAUUCUGUUUGAGGAUGUUUUUUUACUGGACGAUUUAACUGUUUUGAAAAGAAUGACCAUAAUUCAACCUCUGUGUGUCAUGAUAGUUUGUCCUAUGGAUAUUUUCGCCACAAAAUACAAAUUUACAGAUAAAUGGACUCUAUUUAAAGCAAAUCAACAAGGUUGGUUUGCAUUAUGGGUUUCAGAAUUAACUGAUGCGUUAAAGCAGAAUAAUGCAGAAUAUGUUAUAAGACUUUUAGAAACUUUAAAGACCUGUCUAAAUUGGCCAUUGAGUGAAGUUAUAAUUAAAAAUGAUACUUUUGAAGCCUUAUUGCAAUGUUUUGAUAGUAAUAUACCAAAAGCUCAAUCAAUGGCUUUAGAUUCUAUGCAUAUUUUGUUAACUCGUCCCUAUAGCAAUGAUGAGCAUUAUCAAAUCAUUAUUGAUAAAGUAUUCAACAGUAUGGAUCUUUUAAAUAAUGUUUAUGAUCGUUUGCAGUUUGACGCUGAAGAUGAGAUUGAUGAAAUUAAAUAUCCAAUUGUGAAAAAAUGCGUUGACAUGAUCAGUUGCCUAUACAUUUGUGUAUUCAAAAUUAAGGACAAUAAUAAUCAGAUUGAAAAAUAUUUAAGGCUAGUGUUGAAAGCAACCUUCAAUCCAAGUUUAGUCGUCAGUGGAUUAACUUUGGAUGUUUGGUGUAAUUGUCUCAGAAAUGAUGAUUUCUUACCCCUAUUGGACAAGUAUGUGCUAUCCGAUUUAUUGCAGUUUGCGGCUGAUGCGCUUGUUUAUUAUGAACAAACUGAUGGUCAUAUUGCAAAACAUUUUGCCGAGAUAGACUUUCAAUCUAAUUCCGAAUUUCAAACGUUUUGUUCCACCUACAGAAAAAGAAUUAGAGAUAUUAUAAGGCUAAUAUCUUGCGUUAAACUAGAUUAUGCAUACGACUGGUUGAAUAACAGAUUGAAUUCAUUCUUUAGCUCACCAUUCGGUCAAGAGGUUUUAAAUUCAACUUUUCUUGACAGAAAAUCAGAGCCUUACCUAAGUGCCUUGUCUCAAUUCAUGAUAAUUGAGUGUUUUAUUAACGGGUGUAUACGAUGGAAAAUAUGGUAUCCAACAGGUUCGGAUUAUCCAGAAAAACUGGAUCAAAUUUUGAACAAACUAGAGAUAUUAUCAAAUCAAUUGAUCGUUUUAAACAUAAGAGAGCCGUUACUUUUAAAGAAACAGAUUCAGAAUUUCGCUCUCUUUUUGACAAUGCUGAAGGACAAUGUCUUGUUUACAUUAUUAGAAAAGAUUAUAACAAGUGCCACAAUGGAUUACCCCGAAAUUGAUCUUGAAGAACGCAGCGCUGAAGCGGAUGCGGUUAGGGAUUUGAGGUAUGCAUGUGGAAUUGAAUUGAAUAGAAUGGCCUUGUUAAUGCCAGAAUCUCUGAAGGAAAUAUAUGGGGAUCUGGAAAAUGUUGUUGCAAAGAUAAUGCCAAAUUUAUCAUACCAUGAAAAAAUUUCAUUCAAAUCUUUCCUUUUGACAAUCGUAUUGAAGUCUUCUCUUGACAGGAAGGAAGAGAGAUUUUCAUCAAUCGUUGAUCCCGAGUUAAUUGCUUGGUCCGAUCAAACAACAGUUGUUGGACUUUCGGAGUUACCGUGGUUUAUGGAGAGGUUAGGAAUUGUUCAAAUUGCAGAGUAUUUCCAAAGAAGAGGUAUAAAUGAGAAUAGUGAUCUAUUGUCGAUAUCAAUUGACGAUGAAGGUAAGAAGUUAAAAUCAGACUUGACUAAACGUUGGCAGACUUUAUUCCCUGUUCGGGCAACUAGAAUGUUCAUCCACUAUUCGAUGCAAAGUGUCAAAAAAGACGAAGAAUUUAGAAUGUUACAAGAUAUGUGGAGACCAAGAAUUGUACCCAUACUUCCAUAUAUCAUGAGAUUGCUAUAUCAGUUGCAAGCAUAUCAUGAUUCAGAAAAUUGGAAAGACUUGCCUGUUACUGUUCAGUCAUUUGUAAAGUAUUCAACGAUAGAAAGGUUUUGGGAAGCAGGUGCUUCCAAUAAAUCGAAAGAUGAAUUUAUUGAUGAACAUAUGAAAGCUAUGCAAACUUUAAGGGACUUUGCAGACUCUGUUGGACAUAUCAUAAGAUAUACAAGAGAGUAUACACUCCUCGUCAUAAGUGCAAUAUCAACUUUGGGAAAUGUGUUUUUUGAUAUUGAUGAGGCACCACAGCUAUUGAUUGAUUCAAUUGCUAUUUACAAACCUGGAACUAAUGAAAUUAGUUCGGGCGUAUCAACACAUGGUUGGAAACAUAUUGUCAAUGUUGCUAUUCGACCACUGUUGAAGAAUUGUCCCGAAGAGUCAGCCCCUAAGUUUAUGAAAGCAUUCCUACCAAAGUUUUUUGAGACUCUAGAUCUUCUGCUGUGCAGGAAGUGGUCUGUAUAUAUGGAUGAUAUUAACGUGGAACCGCUGCGUACAGACGAUGAGGAAAUGACAGAAGAGAUUUUGGAAGAGAAUUUAUUGCGCCAGUUGACUACUGUUGUUGUUCGAAUAGUCAUCGACUGUGUUGGACAGGGAGGUACUAAUAAUCAAAGUGCAAAAAGUAAAUUCAGUUCACAUCAAUUGAUGAUGAGAAGCAUCAUUUUCCAAGAUAUAAAUAUUUUAGCACCUUUCCUAAAGUUACUGAACCAUUUGAUGUCGUUCAGAGAUAGUAAAUGUUCAUUUAACGCUAUACUAGUGAUGCGAUGCUGCCUAAAUGACGUUUUAAUUCAACAAGAUGGCGUAGAUGAAUUUUUUACAAUCGAGGUUAUGAAGAAUCUAUUAUUGAAUGUUUUAUGCAAAAGUUCAUUUAAGGACUCUUUUUAUGAAGCGUUGAAUGUUUUCACUGUUUUGUUUUUGACUCUCUGUAAGGAAUAUAAGCCAGCGCGAGGCUAUUUAUAUGAAUUAUCGCAUGGCUAUGACAUUGACACACUUUACGAUAAUCUAAAGAGUGUGGAUCACUACAGGAACCAAAGGGCCUUAAUGGUUGAGUUUAUUGAUUGGGUGAAGGCAGCACGCGGUGAUGCUGACGCGGAUGAUGUGAACUGUCAUUCUGCAAUAGAGAAUAACAGACAACAAAAGAGAGAGGCGACACUGAAAAAAGCAAACGAAAGACUCGUCAGAAAACAGAAGGAAGAUGGAGAUAUUUUGGAUGACCCUAAUACGGAAGAUGCAGCGUUUGGAAGUCUUUUUGGCUCUUGA